AUGAAUUCUCUUGCAAUUGCUUUUUUGGCCCUUGGUGGCGGCAGCGCUGCCAUGACUAUACCGAGUAUGAGCCCAUGCUCGAGCUCAAGAGCUGCAGGCCCAACUGGCUUGUCAUAUCCGUCUGGAUUUGACAUGAAGUCCAGGUGGGGAAACCUAAGUCCAUAUUCUGACUCGACUGGGUUCGGCAUUGACAAAGGAUUCCCCGCCGAGUGCGAACUGUCGCAGGUGCAUGUACUUCAUCGUCACGCACAGCGUUAUCCAUCAUCGUGGCCUACCGACGGGGGUGCCAUGCAGAGCUUUGCCGACAAAGUCACCAACUACUCCAAGCAGAACCCCGACAAGAAGGUUGGCUCCGGUCCGCUGUCCUUCCUGAACGAUUGGGAGUACGUGCUUGGGAACAACUUGCUGUUGCCAUCUGGCGCAGCCGCUGAAGCCACUGCCGGUGCUCUGUUCUGGAGUCAGUACGGUCGACUACUGUAUCGCGCUGGUCAUGGCGAUGCCACCUACGACCCCUCGAUGAAUGUGUGGCCGAAUGGCACGGCGCGCCCUAAGCCGACAUUCCGCACGACAGAUUAUCCUCGCAUCCUCGAGAGUGCCCGCUGGUGGUUGAGCGGCUUCUUCAAUAACGUCGGAGCUAACAGCUCUUACGCGUUAUACGAUCUUACUGUAAUGUCAGAAGAUGACGGCUUCAACACCACACUGUCUUCGACCUCUACUUGCACCAAUGGUAGCAGCAAUGGAGACCCCGACGUGGCCGGAUUCUACCCCACAUUGACAAAGACCGCGCUCAAGCGCUUCUCUGCUUUUUUGCCGCAUGACUUCAACCUUACCACGAUGGAUGUCUACGCAAUGUUUAGCAUGUGCCCAUAUGAAUACGCCACUCUAGGCCAGUCCUCCUUCUGCUCACUGUUCACGGAACAGGAAUGGGAAGAUUUUGAGUACGCCAUUGACAUGAUGUUUUACGGCAACAACAUGUUCGGCUCACCUAGCGGCCGAGCACAGGGUAUUGGAUACGUGGAAGAGGUGGCCGCGCGCCUACAGUCACGUCUCAUUAUGAAAAGUCACAGCAGCAUCAACUAUACCUACGACAACAAUAUCAAGCAAUUUCCGUUGCAGCAGCCUAUGUAUAUGGACAUGUCCCACGAAACCGUGAUCGUCGCUGUAUUGGCUGCCCUAGGCUUAGACUACUUCAAGUACGGACCGCACGGUAUGCCUAACAACGUCCAGCAUGCUGUUCCGCGCAACUUUAUAAUGCAUAAGGUUGCUCCGUUCGGUGCGCGUUUGUUUACCGAGGUCUGGACUUGCCCUGCCGAUUCCAAAUUGGACAAGCUCCAGGAUCAGAUGUAUAAGAACCCGGAUCUGUCGUCCAGCUCUGAUACCACGGACUACAUCCGCUUUAUGCUGAACAAUGCUCCCGUGCCGGUGGAAGGGUUGUCCCCUUGCAAGGGCUCGGUCAAUGGCUUCUGUGGCAUGAAAGAGUUCCUGGAUUAUGUUCCUGAACUGAGCAAGCAGGCGAUGUACCAGCAGGCUUGCUUUGGCGAUUAUAACGUCUCCACCCAGGUUGCCAAUGGCCAGCCACCACCGUCCUGA